AUGUUGCAACCCUACGGCUCGACCAAGAUCCAGUCCUGCCUCUCCGACCAACGCCUCAUAUUCUUCGGUGGUGCAAAAGCUCGACAAAUAUUCUGGACUGUGGCAGAAAAGCUUGGCCAUCAAGAUGCGUCUCAAACUGCUAGUCAGAGCCUAGAAACCAAUAUCGAAGGUGCUACAAUGUUCAACUCGGACGGCGUGGAAAUCAUUCAUGUCUGGGACUCUACAUUCAACUCAACCAGUCAUGCCCUUGUGGGCAUAAGGCCAACAGAAAAGAACUACGCUCCUGCAGACUACCCAUGGAUGAUCGAUGACGUUCACUUCUUUUUCAACGAGGAUGGCGUCCAUCUUACCGACGAGGCUGCACCUCUUCAUGCCGACACCGUGUUAAAUUACUUCUGCAACAAGCGUGUCGACACGCCAUCAAAAGCCUCCCAAGCAUACUGUUGUGCCCCCUAUGUCGGUCCAAAUGCUGUGCAGAAGAUGCUCCUCUUCAUGAGUUCAUGUGCGAUCGUCUAUCACCUCUUUUCGUUCUUCGAAUACAGAAAGCAUGUCACCGAUUGUGAAAGAGACUGGGUCUCCUUUCCAAAAACACCCAGAAUUGCUGGUGCGAUGGCUACAGUCUUGCUUGCCGUACUGUACUGUUUCGUGGCCGAUCGUACUGCCUUGUUCGACAAAGGUCCGAAAGUGGCCGAGCUGGGCAAAUUCACAUGCAUGACAGGCCUUGCGUUGCUCGCUGGCCUGGCAACCUUCAAACAAAGUCUGACUCAAGAUGAGACCACUGAUGAAAACAUUGCCACACUACCAAAAAACCACCAGGUGCUUUCCAGGCAGCAGACAGAGGAGUGGAAAGGCUGGAUGCAGAUCGUCAUCCUCUUCUACCACUACUUUGGCUUGUCCAAAGUUCUCUGGGUCUACCAGUUUGUCCGGCUCUUGGUCUCUUCUUACCUCUUCAUGACUGGAUUUGGACACACAACCUAUUUCAUUACCACGAACGACUUCUCAUUUCGCAGGGUGGCGAGCGUCUUGCUGAGGACUAACUUGCUCAACAUUAUUCUUGCUUUCGUGAUGGGGACUCGGUAUGAUUUGUACUAUUUUCCAAUGCUGACCAGCUUGUGGUUUCUCAUUGUCUGGGCGACAGUCCCUAGGACUGCAAAACCUGGCGUGGACGUGGGCCGGUUUGUCCGCCGGACUGCCAUAUCUGUCACCUUGGUCAGACUCGCCCUAGGAGCCAGCAACAUCGUUGCACCGUCAAUCGCCGUUCUCAGCAGUCCAGGCUUCGGCCUUCCUGAAAUCGAUGGACGGGAGUUGAUCUUCAGAUUCAGCCUCGAUGCAUACAUUGCCUUCGUUGGCAUGAUCGCGGCUGUUCUUUAUGCACAGUACGACACAUUCUUCGGCCUCCAGUGUCAUAAAACUGCGCUGGUGUCCAUCCCUUGGUCACAGCUGGCUUCGAGAUUGACACCAUGGGUUGCCGCGUUUGUCAUUUCAGCAUACUGUAUAUUUUGCGGCUCUUUCCCAGACAAGUUUCGCUACAAUGAGUGGCACCCUUUUCUUUCGCCUUUGCCUGUGCUGGCUUUCAUUGUCCUGAGGAACUCGACUCGAAAACUGUCCGCCUCUCAUAGUCGGUUUUUUGCUUGGUUUGGCCGAUGCUCACUGGAGACUUUCGUCUUUCAAUAUCACAUAUUGCUUGCUGCCGACUCUCGUGGUGUGCUUCGCCCAAGACUAGCCUGCAAACUCAUGGGUCCGCGGACGUGCCGAGGAGGUUUUGAUAUUCUGGAGACCGUCACCGUGGUUGCUGCGUUCCUGUGGAUGAGUGCUGCUACGACAAAUGCUCUAUCGAUAAUCACCAAGAGCCUUACUGACCUUGGACCUAAGACGCUGUUCACUUUCGUUGGCCUAUGGAUGCUCAACUUGGCGUGGAGGUCAUCGGCCGCUGGAACCGCAUAA